CUCAGAUCUAACUCUCUCAAAUGGCAUCCACGGCCACAAAUAUCUCUUCCCUCUCCAAACCGUCAUCCUCUCCUUUCUUCACCGUCUCUCCCCUCAAAUCCCUUCCCAAAAACCCCUUCCCAUUCCCCAAAAUUACCCAAAAACCCCCUCACUCUUCCUUCUCCAUCACAAACACCCUCUUAUACUCCUCCAAACCCCUCACUCCCUCACCUUUCCCUUCAAUCCCCUCAACUUCCCGUUUUGCCCCUGACCAGCCCCGAAAAGGCGCCGAUGUCCUUGUUGAAGCCCUCGAGCGGGCGGGCGUCUCUGUCGUCUUCGCCUAUCCUGGUGGGGCAUCGAUGGAAAUUCAUCAGGCCCUCACUCGAUCGCCGUCGAUCAGCAACGUCCUCUGCCGCCACGAGCAGGGCGAGAUCUUCGCCGCUGAGGGCUACGCUCGCAUCUCAGGCCAGCCCGGCGUCUGCAUUGCAACGUCAGGCCCCGGCGCCACGAACCUCGUCAGCGGCCUUGCCGACGCCCUCCUCGACAGCAUCCCCCUCGUCGCAAUCACGGGCCAGGUUCCACGCCAGAUGAUCGGGACUGAUGCCUUUCAGGAAACCCCAAUUGUCGAGGUGACCCGCUCGAUCACCAAGCAUAAUUACCUUGUCCUGAAUGUCGAGGACAUCCCCCGCAUCGUCGCUGAGGCGUUCUUCCUCGCCACAUCAGGCCGGCCGGGUCCUGUCCUGAUCGAUAUCCCUAAGGACAUCCAGCAGCAGCUCGUUGUGCCCAAAUGGGACCAGCCCAUGAGGCUGCAUGGGUACAUCUCCCGCCUCCCUAAACCUCCUGCAGAGGAGCAGCUGGAGCAGAUCAUACGGCUGAUAUCUGAAUCGAAGAGGCCUGUUCUUUAUGUCGGUGGCGGUUGCUUGAAUUCGACCGAGGAGCUCCGUCAAUUCGUGGGGCUCACUGGUAUCCCGGUCGCGAGCACUUUGAUGGGUCUUGGUGUUUACCCAGUAGCAGAUGAGCUCUCUCUGCGGAUGCUUGGAAUGCAUGGGACUGUUUAUGCGAACUAUUCCAUUGAUAAAGCUGAUCUCCUCCUUGCAUUCGGGGUCCGAUUUGAUGAUCGGGUCACAGGGAAAUUGGAGGCAUUCGCCAGCCGGGCCAAGAUCGUGCACAUAGACAUUGAUCCGGCAGAAAUUGGGAAGAACAAGCAGCCGCAUGUCUCGAUCUGCACUGACUUGAAAAUGGCUUUGGAAGGGAUGAAUGCUUUGUUGGAGGAGAAGAGGAAUGCACAAAAGCUUGGUCUUGAUUUUUCAGCUUGGAGGGAAGAACUCAAGGAACAGAAGGAGAAGUUUCCUUUGAGUUAUAAGUCCUUUGGAGAUGCCAUUCCUCCUCAGUACGCCAUCCAAGUGCUCGAUGAAUUCACAAAUUCGGAUGCGAUCAUCACGACUGGUGUCGGUCAGCACCAAAUGUGGGCUGCGCAGUGGUAUAACUACAAGAACCCGCACCAAUGGGCCACAUCGAGUGGAUUGGGUGCGAUGGGGUUUGGGCUUCCUGCUGCGAUUGGUGCGGCCCGGGCUGCACCCGGGACAACUGUGGUUGAUAUUGACGGCGAUGGAAGCUUUAUCAUGAAUAUACAGGAGCUGGCGACGAUACGUGUGGAGGAUCUUAAUGUCAAGGCCAUGAUCUUGAAUAACCAGCAUUUGGGUAUGGUUGUUCAGUGGGAAGAUCGGUUCUACAAGGCGAACCGAGCCCACACGUAUUUGGGGAACCCCGUGAAGGAGAAUGAGAUAUUCCCUAAUUUCCUGAAGUUUGCAGAAGGGUGCGGCAUCCCUGCGGCCCGAGUGACAAAGGAGAGUGAGGUGAGGGAUGCAAUCCGGAAGAUGUUGGAAACGCCCGGGCCAUACUUGUUGGACAUCAUAGUGCCCCACCAGGAGCACGUCUUGCCUAUGAUUCCCAGCGGCGGGGCAUUUAAAGAUGUGAUCACGGAGGGUGAUGGGAGGAUAGCAUACUGAUCUUCUCCAUACAGGUAAUCCUGUUUCGCUGGUGUUUUGUAUAGCAUUUGAAUUCUGAGAUGGUAGAGUUAGUUAUUUCCUGAGUUGCUUAGAGCGGUGCUGCCAAAUGGGAUUGGAUUAGAUGUUGUCGCGGUAUUAUCUCUAAUGAGUAAGUUAUUGCCUUUUGCAGUGAUAGUUAGUACUUUCAGCUGUUAUUUGAUUUGAGUUUAGCAUUAGUGCUGGAAUUGGAUUGUAGUACGACAAUCUUUGUAGGUGUUUCUGGUAAUAUAACUAAGGGUGAAAAGAUAGAUUGUAUUUUUUGGA